AUUCGCCAUCAAGAUGGCGUCAUCGAAGGAAACCUAUUGUUUGUGUGGUCAACCAUAUAAUAUUGGACAAUUUAUGAUAGAAUGUGACUGCUGUCGUGAGUGGUUUCACGGCAGCUGCGUUGACGUUAAGAUAUACCAAUCAGAUGACAUAGACAAGUACCACUGUCCAAAAUGUGCACAAACUUAUGGACCGUCAGUUUUGAAAAUCCCCACAAACAACCAUCGAGCGGAUCGCUACGAGCUCGGGGCCGAGACUCGGCCCUCGCAGACCGGGUCCCCGGCCUGGGUGCGCGCGCUGGCCGCGAGGCCGCUGCGGCCCGCCCCGCCGGCGCUGGCCCGGCUGCAACCCAGGCAGUUCACUGAGGAGUUCGUCCGCGAUAAUGGCUUCACCCGGCCGAUCUUGUUCACCACGUCCGAGGGUCUGGAGAUGGAAACCCCCAACCCCGCUACGUUCAGCGCCCGUUCCGUGCUCCGGUUCUGCGGGAAGAACCAUGAGGUGGAAGUGAUAGAUGUCCGUCGGCAGACCACACUGAGGAUGCCUUUGGGCGACUUCGUUGAGUAUUUCGAGACCCCCCCGGACUUGAGGGGGGAGAGGGUGCUCAAUGUACUCAGCCUAGAAUUUAGUGAUACCAAUAUGGCGCCGCUAGUGGAGCCCCCCGCCACGAUCCGCCGCCUGGACUGGGCGAGCAGCGUGUGGCCGUCAGCGGAGUCCCCGCCCCGCCCGGCCGUGCAGAAGUACUGUCUCAUGUCGGCCGCCGGCUCCUAUACAGACUUUCAUGUGGAUUUCGGAGGCACCGCCGUGUGGUACCACGUCAUGCACGGGGGGAAGAUAUUCUACCUAAUACCUCCUACAUCCACAAAUCUGGCUCUCUAUCAGCAGUGGAGCGCUUCCAACAAUCAGAACGAAAGAUUCUUUGGUGACAUGGUGGAAUGGUACGGCACGGCGGAGCUGUGCGCCGGGCAGACGCUCUGCAUCCCCGGCGGGUGGAUCCACGCCGUUCUGACCCCGCAGGACACCUUAGUGUUUGGGGGCAAUAUGCUCCACUCUUACAGCAUCGAGAUGCAGCUGCAGAUAUACGAGAUCGAGAGGCGAGUGGAGACGCCGAUAAUGCUCCGGUAUCCAUUAUUCGAGGCGAUGCAUUGGUACGCGGGAGCGCAUCUUCUCACCAUGUUACGGAGACACAAUGAGGAGACGCAGGAUGAAGAUUUCACUCUCCACGAGGUGGGUGCGCGCACGCCGGCCCCCCUCCCCCCGCUGCUGCUGCGCGGGGUGAGGAUCCUCGCCACCGCGCUCAAGGAGUGGCACGCGCUUAAGAGCACCGACUCCGCGAAGCGCGACAACGUGCCCAAGUGCCUCAAUUCCGGUCAACUGGUUAGAGAGCUGUGCAAAGAACUACGGACUCUAGAGAAACGGUCAGCCAGCGCGGCCAACAAAGAUAAGGACUUCAAAAUGAAGAACCACAUUUCGCCCAACAAAGCGAUGGCCAAAAAGCAGCCGGCGCCGAAGAAAUCGCUGAAACUGACACUGCCCAAACCGAUCAUGCACAUGACACAGCCAGACGAGUUUGUCGAGGAGAAGAUAUACGCGGACAAGUUCUAUAUAGAGAAUAAAGAAGUUGUCUAUGAUAGCAGGUACCCGCAAGGUAUAAAAUACGCCAACGGUCUCCAAGACACGAAGUACAUCGUGGAGAGCAAGGAACCCCUGCCCGAGAAAUACACCUUCCAACACUAUGAGGAACCCGUUUACCACGACCCGGCUUACGACAGGCAAGAUAAGAAGAUGAUGAAGAUCAGUGCCUCCCCACCCCGCGAGGAGCAGCCCCCUCCCCCCUACAGCCUCCCUGAACACUCCAUCCUCAAGUCACACCUUGUACGGACGGACAGACCGGCGCUCAAGCCCAUACACCAGUGGACCAUCUCCAAGAAGGACCUGGGCUACCAGGAGGAGCAGAUACUCUUCACUAACGAGAACCUGCAGGCUAAUAUGAGGGUUGAGCAGGAUAUCAAUUAUGGACCUGGCAUGUAUUCUGCAGAGGACAUCCAACAAGACUACCAAUACUCGGAGGCGGCUAAACCAGGGUCUUACCAGCCGGAGUAUGGAUACCCCACCGCGGCUUAUUCAAGGCUCGAAGCUCCUAUGCAGACAGUGCAGCAGGCGGCGAGCUACGCGCCCAUGGUACCUGACAUGAAUGGGUACCACGCGCUACCCUCAUACGACGCAGCUAUAGCGCAGCAGUAUCCCGCCAAUAACUAUGUGAUAGAAGAGCAAAAGCCCGCCGCCCCGACGCCCGUGCGGCGCUCGGAGCGGCCCGUGCGGCGCCGCGUGUCGCACACGUACGACUACGAGGACGGCGACCUGUACGUCGACGAGACGCCCGCGCCGCGCCGCCGCAAGCACCGCCCCAAACCUUACAACCAACAAUCCAACUCAUACCGAGCACCAGCCGUAGCGCCUCCACGGCCCGCCAACGGCAUCGAGUCUCUCAUCCAGGCCUCCGUACUAGCUGAAGAGGACCCUCCCGACCACACUACGGAGGACGCGGCAGUAGCAGUAGCGGGGAUGCUAAGUAUUAGCGAGCGAUACGAAGCGCCGCCUCGGACGUUCGGGCUGGCCAGUGACGAACCGGAGGCACCCACGGAGAGUGCAAGCGCGCGUGGCAACAAGCGAGUCCGCAAGCCCGCGCCGCGCGUCGAAGACCCCCUGGAGGACGAAGACGUCAUCAAGGAGGUGCAUCGAGACGAGGAAUACGUGUACCCAUCGUUGGAGAUGAGUUCCGACGAAGACGAGGACUGGACGUCGUCUCGGCGGCGGCGGAACUCCAGGAACAGGGUGGAUUCUAGGUCUAAGGGGGAUAAGGACGAGUCGUGGUCACCACGUGCGCGGCUCGGGCGGCUGGUGCCGCGCCUGCGCGGGCCGGCGCGCGCGGGCGUGCGGCGCGAGUGCGUGCGCGCCGCGCUGCACGCCGCCGCGCACCAGCCCGCGCCCGCCCCCGCCCAGCAGCGGAGAGACCAGGUACACUCAACAAUAUCCCAGAACGCGAAACGAGCGGUGCUCGCCACAAAAAGUAGGCGGCCCCCGCCGCCAGUACACAAUACGCCAAAUAACAAGAAUUCAAGACUGAAAAAGGGUAUGAAGACGGCGAAGCAGCGCCUAGGCAAGAUCCUCAAGAUACACAAAAUGAUAUAUUAGCUUAUAGCUCUAGCCACAGCGACGUCGGCGAUCGGUAUGAUGCACAAAUAUAUAUACCGGUUUUCAUUUCAUGCCAAUCUUACAAGUUUUCGUACUUUUUGUGUCAACUUUGCCUAUGUCUAUAAUGUAUGAAAGUCGAACCAAAUUAACUCACAGACUUUGCAGUAACAGAAUGUAGGAGUAUCAUGAUUCGUCAAAUUUAUAACCAUGAAAAUAUGACGGUUAUAAUGGCACUCACAUUUUGUUUUUCGGUGUAAAGUUAGCUAAGAUUGAUUGUAAUCAUUAAAUUUUUUGUUAUUUUUUUUCUAUGUUAAAUGUUAAUAUUUGUCGUCAGCUCUGCCCACCAAAGUGCCAGAUGGAGUGCAUAAUUAUUUUUCAUCAUAUUUUCACGAACGUGUUUUGCUAUUUCAGUCAAUUCAAACUAAAAUAUUACUUUGCUAAUCCGCGAAAAGAUAACGUGCUAGUCAAUCAGUUCUAACCCGUUAUACUUACUUGCGUAUUUUUACAUGCAAUUAAUAUUCCCACCCUCCCACCGCAAAAAUAAAUACGCAAAUAAAUAUAACAAACCACCACCAAAAGAAUAAUACUCGACACGUGUUUCGCCUCUCUACGAGGCAUCCUCAGGAGUUGUUGAUUUCAGUCAGUUUUAGACAAAAAGUAGGUACUGAGUUUGACUGAACUAGCAUUCUGACAAAUACGAAGGUUUCCGAUAAAAUACGAUGGAUAACAAUUAUGCCAUACAAUUCACUACAUCGUAUACGGUUUAGAAAGAAUGACUAUAAUUAUAUCGUAACCCCAUUAUGACAGACGUACAAAGCAUCUCUCUUUCUAAUAUAGAAUUUUCUAUCUCGUUGACACAUUUAUGUUAAAAUUGUAUUUUAUUAAAGUUUGAGUGGGCAAAGUUAAAACAAGUGAGCAAUGUUGUCGGUGACGUACGAGUACGUACAUUUAUUUUUACAUUUUUUAUAAACUUAAUUUAAAAAUAAGUCUGGCCGGGACAAUGCAAAACCGCAUAAUAAAUAAACUCCAUCCACCAAUUUUGAUGUAUUCAUUUCGAAAAGUAUUUUUUUUUCUAUGAUACGUAAUACAUUUUUCGUAUUUCCGCUUAUGCAAGGCAUAAUAUUAUUUUUUACAAAACUUUACAAUUGAAAUUAGAUUUAGUAAGUAGGGUACUUCGCCAGUAACUGGCCACUGUUAGUAAUUGGCCACCCUAAACUAAAAACGAUGUCUAUUCACCUAUAAACAGCAUUUUAGUAUAAGGUUUCAAUAACUGGCCAGCCUUCAAUAACUAGCCCCCUUAUACUAAAAUGAAUUCUGUUUAGAGGUGAAUAUAAUUCAUUUUUAGUUUAGGGUGGCCAAUUACUAACAGUGGCCAGGUACUGGCGAAUUACCCUAUACUGAUAAACUAGAAUACAUCAUCAAAAUAUAUUUGUGCAAUAUACUGUGGUAGACGGACUAUUAGAUGUAUAUUUUAUAUAUAAAGUAUGUAGCACGGACCAAUAUGUGUUGUGGGUGUGUGGGUUUCUGUCUUGUCUAUGUGAUACCACACUAUAGUAUUUUUCAUAUAGCUUGGAUACGGUGACAGCCGUCGUUUCCAUACAAUUUACAACCUUAAUACUUAAAUAUGGCUAAAAUAUGUUGUCUGGAAGAGAUCGCUUUUUAAGUUUUUAGCGAUAAGGUCGCCUAUUGUCUGCCCCUAUCUUUAAUGUUUUUCAUUAAGCUGUGCCUUUUUCUGAGGUGUGGCACAGAAGAGUAUUCUAUCUAUCUAUCUGCAAAAUAUGUAUUGAGUUGAGAGCUGACACAGUGCUCAAGCUAUUUGAAAAAUCCUAUAAAGUUAGACAAGAAAAGUCUGCAACGAUUUUGACGGCAUAUACAGUGCAAGUGUUAUUUAUACGUCAUAUUUCAUAGAAGUUUUACGUUUAAAAUAACACUUGCACUGCGUGUGCUAUUAAAAUCGUUGCACACUUGUCUUGGUCUAACUAUAUCAUUCUUCUUAUACUUUUAAGGAUAUUUUUGACUUUAAUACUUAAUUAUGCAGCGUUUCUGUUAUUGGUUGUUCCAGAAUAGUAUUAAUGUGUGGAAUUAAAUGUUCUAGGGUAACUCGCCAGUAACUGUACCUGUUAGUAACUGGCCACCCUAAACUAAAAAUCACUUCUAUUGACCUAUAAACAGAAUUCAUUUUAGUAUGUUUCAAUAACUGGCCAGCCUUCAAUAAUUAGCCACGUUAUACUAAUAUGAAUUAUGUUUAUAGGUGAAUAGAAUUUAUUUUUAGUAUGGGGUGGCCAGUUACUAACAGGUGGCCAGUUACUGGCGAAUUGCCCUAUUCGCAAUUUUUAUGUUUUGAAUCUAUAAGGACCUUGUGGCCUUUAUGUAGGUAUAUUUCGCUGUGGUACGAUUAUAAAAUUAUGUUGAUAAACUAAUAUAAUUAUAGCUUAUUCUUUAAUUACCUGUCAUUAAAUAGGUAUAUCAGACUACAUUAAUUAUAAUAUAAUAGGGCAAUUUGCCAGUAACUGGCCACUGUUAGUAAUUGGCCACCCUAAACUAAAAAUGAAUUCUAUUCACCUAUAAACAAAAUUCAUUUUAUUAUAAGGUUUCAAUAGCUGGCCAGCCUUCAAUAACUAACCGCUUUAUACUAAAAUGAAUUAUAUUUAUAGGUGAAAAGAAUUCAUUUUUAGUUUAGGGUGGCCAAUUACUAACAGUGGCCAGUUACUGGCGAAUUGCCCUAGUCAUUUGUGUCGUUUCCAAGCAAACAUCUUACUUUUUCGUUUGCCAUAAGGACGCUUUGACCGGUUUUUUCGUAUAAACAAGCAAAUCUCAUCCUUAUGGUAAGCACAAAGUGGGACCUUUUGACUAGGCUCGACACAUUUUGGCCAAGUUAAAGUGCAACCAGAUUUUUCAUUACAACAAAAAAUAUAUAAACAUACUGACUAAAAAAAUAUAAAAAUAUGAAAAUUGACAUAAAUAAACAUUGACAUUUUAUACGAAUUCUAGGAAAUUAUAUUUUUUCUAUUAUAAUUAGAUCUGAUUCGUUUUGUAAUUCGCUUUUCUACUUAUAAAUGUGUUAAGUCUAAAUUAUAAAUUGUUAUUUUAGUCUGACAGAUUUACUCGAAUUUACAACUACCCGCAUUUUUGAAAUGAAUUGUAACACUAUGUGUAUAGUUCGUAGCUUUGUAACAGAGCCCGGCGGCUAAUCCUAUUGUCUAUUGUUAAGUAAAACCGCACGUGCUACUUACCUGCAAAAAAGGGUCAUACUUAUUCUAUUUCGCACCUGAGCGCGGGCUAGUCCAACGCUCAAAAAACCAGUGUAGGUGCGCUCUCCGAUAACGCGCCUUUGUUACGCAUCUCGAUGACAAAAUUUAGACUGGUUCUGUAGUGUUCGACUCGCCGGCACUCAGUAACCGAAGUACGCAGUUUUUUAAGCAGGUGGUUGUGGCACGUGGCACGAGCGGUUUUACUUAACAAUAGGCAAUAGGAUUAGCUCGGGCUCUAUUACAAACAUACGGACUAUACUCAACCACUUUGCUUCCUACGCCACUGUAGAACCAUGUGAUAUUGAAUCAAUUGCUUAUUGACCUGUCAUGCAGGGUCUGCCAUCUUGUGGCCUGAAUCGGAAACAUAAACAUGUACCUUGUCAAAGCAAGUGCUACCAUCUACCGUUCUCGUACGUUUUCUUGGUAUCGUCUUGAGUCGUCCCAUUCGUUUUUCGUCAAGUUCUUAAAUUAGUCCUAUUCUGCUUUCGUCACCCAUUCUACAUUCGUCACAAUCGUCGGUGGCUUUCAAUGUAGAAUGAGUGUCGAAAGCAGAAUAGAACUAAUUUAAGAACUUGACGAAAAACGAAUGGGACGACCCAAGACGAUACCGUUUUCUUGUGCAUAGUAGGUUCUGCCAUUUUGUGGACAUCGGAAGCAUAAACUUUACUUAUAUAUAUCAUAUGAGCCGUCAGAUUUUUGGCGCGAGGCAUAUAAGUUAUAUGCCUCCUUUAGUUCAUGCAUGCUCCCUAUUGAGUGAUGUACAGAUGUAGUGAAUAAUUGUUUUCCGUCGUAUUUUCUCGGAAACGUUCAUAUUUGUCAUGCUACAUCAGUCAACGUCAGUACUUUUUGUUCAGAGACUGACUCAAAUAGCAAGACACGUUCGUACGUUUCCGUGAAAAUACGAUGGAAAAUAAUCAUGCACUUUAUCUAUAUGUCAUUCUCAUGUAUCUAGUAAUUAAAGCAACAAGAUGGUUAUCGGAAUGAAAUAAAAUCUGUCAGGCUAAGAAUUGUAUACUUAAGGUUUUUGACAGCUAUGUCAUUUUCGCCUUUAAAAUCCACAUGCAUCAAUUUUCAAACAGUUUUAAUGUACUAUAUAAUUGGAUGUUAAUAUAGGUCAGUAUGGCGAAGAUUGUCUAUAAGUCUAUACACUACAACAAGAGUCCUAUGACCGUCUUUUAUAAUACAUUUUAUAUUUAUAUCUUUCCCUAAAUUGACUUUAUUUUGAUUUUAAUGCCUUAAAAUAUAUCUCUACCAAUUAUAUAGUCCAUUAAAACAUCAUUCAUUCAAAAGACAUUAUAUUUUCACACCAGUCCCACCUUGGAAUCACUGUAAAUAGGCUAAAUUACGAAUAAAUUUAAAAAAAGAUAAAAUUUAUAAAAAAUGUAGAUCGUAAUAAAGUCAAAUAAUACUUA